GCGGUGGGCAGUGAUUUGGGAAUCCCGAAGAGCAGGAAGCUCCCACCACAAUGACUGUCUUCAACCAAGAGAAUGUAGAGGAUUAUUACGAUAUCGGAGACGAGUUGGGAAGUGGGCAGUUUGCUGUGGUGAAAAAAUGCCGAAAGAAAAGCACUGGUGUCGAAUACGCUGCCAAGUUCAUCAAGAAGAGGCGCAGCAAGUCCAGCAGGCGCGGGGUCUCCAAAGAAGACAUCGAACGAGAAGUCAGCAUCCUGAAGGAGAUCCAGCACCCCAACAUCAUUACACUGCACGAUGUGUUCGAGAACAAGAACGAGGUUAUCCUCAUCUUGGAGCUUGUAGCAGGAGGUGAACUCUUUGAUUUCCUGGCGGAGAAGGAGUCGCUGACUGAGGAGGAGGCCACAGAGUUCCUUAAACAGAUCCUGGAUGGUGUUCACUACCUGCACUCCAAACAGAUUGCCCACUUUGACUUGAAGCCGGAGAACAUAAUGCUGUUGAACCGGAGUGUUCCGCAUCCUCGCAUUAAGCUGAUCGACUUCGGCCUGGCUCACAAAAUAGAUUUUGGCAACGAUUUCAAAAAUAUCUUUGGUACCCCUGAGUUUGUAGCUCCAGAAGUGGUUAACUAUGAGCCCCUGGGUCUAGAGGCAGACAUGUGGAGUGUUGGUGUAAUAACGUAUAUACUUUUAAGUGGAGCAUCCCCAUUCCUGGGCGAGAACAAGCAAGAAACGCUGGCUAACGUAUCAGCUGUGGAUUACGAGUUUGACGAGGAGUUCUUCAGUAACACCAGUGCACUGGCCAAGGACUUCAUUUCACGACUGCUCAUCAAAGACCCAAAAAAAAGAAUGACAAUCCAGGACAGUUUACAGCAUCCCUGGAUCAAGCCAAAGGACACACAGCAGGCCCUCAGCCGAAAAGAAUCUGCUGUCAAUAUGGAGAAGUUCAAAAAGUUUGCAGCCCGCAGAAAAUGGAAGCAAUCUGUGCGACUCAUCUCCCUGUGUAAUCGUCUCUCCCGCUCUUUUCUGUCACGGAGCAACAUCAGCGUGGCACGCAGUGAUGACACACUGGAUGAGGAAGACUCUUUUGUGAUGAAGGCCAUCAUCCAUGCCAUUAAUGAUGAUAAUGUUCCUGGACUACAGCAUCUCCUGGGCUCUCUGACUAGCUAUGAUGUCAACCAACCCAACAAGCACGGAACACCUCCUCUUCUCAUCGCGGCUGGCUGUGGGAAUGUCCAGAUUAUCGACGUCUUGAUUAGGAAAGGAGCAGAGAUCCGAGCUCAUGACAAGUCCGGGGCAAAUGCUGUGUAUUAUGCAGCUCGACAUGGACACAUGGAGACCCUGAAGUACCUUCAUGAAAAGAAAUGCCCUUUGGAUGUCCAGGAUAAGUGUGGUGAGACGGCCCUGCACGUGGCAGCUCGCUAUGGUAACGUGGAGGCGGUUCAGUACCUGUGCAGUAUCCACGCCAACCCAGACAUCACCCGAUUAAGGUCAUUAGACCAGGAGACCCCACUGCACUGUGCAGCCUGGCACGGUUACUCAGCUGUGGCCAGAGCUCUGUGUGAGGCCAGCUGCAACAUCAACGCCAAAAACCGCGAGCAGGAGAGUCCCCUCCUUACUGCCUCAGCGCGAGGGUUCAGAGAUAUUGUCCAGUGCCUGCUGGAGCACGGUGCCGACCUGGACUCCACCGACAAGGAUGGUCACGUUGCUCUCCAUUUGGCCGUGAGACGUGGUCAGAUAGAGGUUGUCAAAUGCCUGCUAAACCAUCACUGCAAUUCAGACCAUCAGGAUCGCCAUGGCAACACACCCCUGCACAUUGCCUGUAAAGAUGGCAGUCUGCCCAUUGUGACGUUACUCUGUGCUGCCAGUGUAAACCUGGAUAUUCCUAACAAAUUUGGAAGAACACCCCUUCACAUGGCAGCUAACUGUGGAAAUUUGGAAGUGGUCCGAUAUCUCUGUGCAGCUGGAGCCAAUAUAGAUGCAGUCACAAACGAUGGAAAAACAGCUGAGGAUCUGGCAACCGCAGAACAGCAAGAACACGUGGCUCUCCUACUGGCCAGGCUUAAAAAAGACAACUACAGAAGUGGGUACAUCCAGCAGCUAAGGCCCACGCAGUCCGUUCAGCCCAGGAUAAAGCUCAAACUCUUUGGCCACUCUGGAACAGGGAAGAGUACAUUACUGGAGUCUCUUAAGUGUGGGAUACUGAGGAGUUUCUUUCGAAGGAGACGACCAAGAUUCACCAACAAUGUCAGACACCCAACCUCCCCUGUCACCACCAAACCUGCAGUGUCAGUGAGUAUCUCUAACCUGUAUCCAGGCUGUGAGAACGUGAGUGUGCGUAGUCGCAGUAUGAUGUUUGAGCCCAGUCUGACUAAAGGGGUGUUGGAGGUGUUUAACCCUAAGCACAGUGCUUUUUCUGUGCCUGAUGACAGCAACACCAAAGCCAUUGACAUCCAGAAUGCCAACAUCAACGGUGUUGGGGACUUCAGUGUGUGGGAGUUCUCUGGUAGUUCUGUGUACCACUGUUCCUAUGACUAUUUUGCGGCCAAUGACAGCAGUGCUAUUCACCUGGUCCUGUUCAGUCUGGAGGACCCAUACGAGAUCCAGCUCAACCAAGUCACGUUUUGGCUCAACCUGCUCAAGUCCCUCACCCCACCAGAGGACAGUAUAGCUUUUGGAGGGAAGAUCCGGAACCCUCUGCAGGUCAUUCUCGUGGCCACUCAUGCAGACAUUGUGAACUUACCGCGUUCGUUUGGUGGAGAAUUCAGCUAUGACAAAGAGAAGGCCCUGCUGAAAGAGGUUAAGAAUAGGUUUGGGAAUGACCUGCAGAUUACUGACAAGCUGUUUGUACUCGACGCUGGAGCUUCAAACUCCAGAGACAUGAAACUACUGAGAAACGUUCUUCUGGAGCUGCGUAGUUCAAUUAUUUCAGCAUGUCACCCCAUGACUCAGCUGGUGGAGCGUCUGUCGUCCAUCCUGCCAUCUUGGAGGAAGGUGAAUGGGCCAAACCUGCUCAUUUCCUGGCAGCACUUUGUGCUGGACGUGCAGGAGCAGAUCAACCCACUGGUCAGUGAGGAGGACCUGCGAGUGCUGGCCGCACAGCUUCACAGCAUGGGAGAGAUAAACAUCAUGCAGAGUGACACUGUGCAGGAUGUGGUGUUGCUGGAUCCUCGGUGGCUUUGCGCCAAUGUUCUGGCUAAGUUGCUCUCCAUUGACACGCCCAAAGCCAUCCAUCACUACAGGGGGCGCUAUCGUGUGGAAGAGCUACAAGCACUGGUUGCAGAAGGUGAUGUGGACGAGCUCCUUCAGAUCCUUGACGCAAUGGAUGUCUGUGCGCGUGACCUGAGCAACCCAGGUAUGGUGGAUGUCCCAGCUCUCAUUAAGACCAGUGGUCUCCAGCACUCCUGGACUGAGGAAGAGGAGGAGGAUGCCUUGUUGUAUGGGGGAGUGCGUAUAGUCCCAGUGGAGCACCUAGUGCCCUUCCCCUGCGGUCUCUUCCAUAAGCUGCAGGUUAACCUGUGUCGCUGGAGCCGGCAACAGCAACCGGAUGCUGAUGACAUCCGCUUGUGGAGCGGUGGCGCUAAAGUGGCGCUACCUGGCGCUGAGGCCAUGGUUUUACUGGUUAACCAUGGACAAGGCAUCGAGGUUCAGAUUCGUGGACCAGACACUGAGCGAUACAAAUGUUAUUUACUGUUAGAUACAGUCUGCAGCAUCAUAGAAGGACUGCUAGCAGCCACGCUGCCAGGUCUACUAACCAAUCGCUAUUACCUUAGCCCACAGCAGCUGCGCGAGCGGCACGGCCCCGUCAUGCUCUACCAGCCGAAGGACUUUCUGUGGGCACAGGCACGACAGGAGAGUGCACUGGCUAACACCAUGGGUGGUUACCGCGAGAGCUUUGCCAGCAUCGUAGCCCUUGGCUGCACACAGGUCUAUCAGCAAAGCAGUCUGGGAGGUAACGUUCAUAUUAGCGAGGUCAGCCACCUUGCAAGACGAAAGCUCUGCCGGCUACUGGACCCGCCGGACGCCUUGGGCAAGGACUGGUGCCUACUGGCCAUGAACUUAGGCCUUAGUGAACUGGUAGCAAAACACAGCGCUAGUACCAAUGGAACUCCCAUGGAGCCUUUGGCACUACCCAGUCCCACUGCCGCGCUCCUGCAGGAGUGGAGCCAGCGGCCAGACAGCACCGUGGGGGUCCUCAUGGUAAAGCUGCGGGAACUGGGGCGUCGUGAUGCUGCCGACUUCCUACUCAGGGCCGCGCCCGUCUUCCGGGUCAACAUGGAGUUGUUGAGUGUGCCAGUUGGGUAUAGUCCAGUUUGCAAUGGCGGGGGAACGUCCUACAACUCCAUCAGUUCUGUGAUCUCACGCUAGAGUAUCCAUGUGUGCUCACAGGAACGUGCAAUCCAACCGUGGGAGCAGUCACCUCCUCUGAUGCCCUGCUUAUCCAGGGCCAUGUGCCCACUUCUUCAUACACGUCCUUAUUGCAGCGCUCUGCUUUUUUGAAUGUAUCAUUUGUUUGCAGAGAGAAAGAGGGAGGGAGAGGGCACAACAGAGAGAGAAAGAUGGUGCCUCAUUAAGAAUUUUGUUAGU